CUUGGGUCUGACAGCUAUGCCUCUUGCAGCACAGAACCAACAGUAAAAAAAAAGUGUGUAAAACCACUACGACGUAAAUAAAUGUAGAUGUGCAAAACGAAUGCGCUAUGAGCCAAACUGAAAGGAUACGAGGAAUAUGUUUUAGAUCUACCAUUUUUACGUCUUCCCGUAAACGUCAAGAAAAUCUACUCGGAACCGACUUUCUCUACAUUUGUUUAUGUCCGGACUGCAAAGACGAAGGACAUCAACAAACCCUGACACUCGUGGUGGGACAUUGUAUUCGGAACUUGCCCAUGAAUUUAUCACAAACGAAAACUGAAUGUUAAGUGAUUCGGUCGUAUGUCGUCGUUGUUCUCAUAAGCAUGAUUUUGGUUGAAUCUGGUCUCUACAUCGGGGCCGCCUCGGACGUCAAAGACUUGACAAAAUUAUCGAGUGUGGGAAUCACUCAUGUUCUCACUGUGGACUCCGAACAAGUAGCUUUGCCAACUCAGUUCAUUACCAAAUAUGUUAGGGCCCUUGACGAUUCGUCCACUGAUCUUCUCAGUAAAUUGGAUGAGUGUGUUGAAUUUGUUGAAGCCGGGAAGCAAGCUUCGUUUUCGGUACUUGUUCACUGUCAUGCAGGGCAAAGUCGGAGUGCUGCAGUGGUCACCGCAUACCUCAUGAAAACACACAGGAUAACUCUUAAAGAAGCUCAGAGUAAACUCAUUCAUAUUAAAUCUGAUGUGAAGAUAAACGAGAAUUUUCUGGACCAGUUAACAUUGUACGAGUCGUUUGGAUGCGAAGUGGAUUUCUGCUCCCCGCAAUACAAGCAGUUCAGACUUCAAAAUCUCACAGAACGAUACACAGAUCUGAAAGAUUUGCCAAAAGAAGUCUUUGCUGCAGAUCCUGGGCAAAUCCAAAGCACAGAGAUUUCCUACAGAUGUAGAAAGUGCAGACGUACACUCUUCUGUGGCUCCAGUGUCCUCAGCCAUGAGGUGGGGAGCGGCCCGGCUGCCUUCCCACACAAGAAGACUGCAGGCCCUGGCUCUGGACACCACGCAGGCUGCACCUCCUACUUUAUCGAACCAGUGCGGUGGAUGGAGGACGCACUGCUGGGAGUGUUGGAUGGGCAGCUCUUGUGUCCAAAGUGCAGCUCCAAACUGGGCUCCUUUAACUGGUAUGGGGAGCAGUGCUCCUGUGGUCGCUGGGUGAGCCCGGCCUUCCAGAUGCACAAGAACAGAGUGGACGAAAUCAAACACGUCAAUAUAUCUGCUCUGAAGUGAUGGCUUGGGAAACUGUGUCAGUGCCUGUCUGGCUCUGAAGAUGUAAUUUUAAAAUCACACGUUUGCAAGACGCAAGAGUGAAUAUAAAUACCAUGUUUGAACUUGAUUGGGAAAAUGUUUUUUCAUGGAGGACAAACAUCUCUUCAGGUGUGAUCAUCAUUGAUAAAAUCAUGCUGUUUUUUCAUAGGUUUUUACUACUACAAUUUCCACCUUACCAGAUCUGUUCCUAAAUGUCCUAUAAAUUAAUCCAUUCUCCUGUUUUUUCUGAUUGAAUUUAAUGCAGUAUAAUGAACAAUCCCAAGGGGUCAGUAAAGGCAUGACACAGGCUGCGUACCACACUGACGCAACACCACGUACACUCUCAAACUAUGAAAAAUCCCCAAAAUGCAGACUGUAUUGCAAAAUGAUUGUAAAAAAAGAUUUUGUAUAAAUAAAUGUACAACAUCUGGGGGAAAAAAA